AUGAAGUGGGCUGUGCUUGGAUUGUUGUGUCUAAGCUUAGUGAUCGCGGGCACCCAAGCAGAGGAGGCUGAAGUUGUCCUCACUGUGAACGGCGAGGACGAGUUCAACAAGGCGGUGAAGGACAGCGAGUUCUUGCUCGCCGAGUUCUAUGCGCCCUGGUGUGGCCACUGCAAGAGUCUGGCCCCCGAAUAUGAGAAGGCGGCUCAGUCUCUGAAGGAAAGCGGCAGCAAGAUCGUGCUGGCGAAGAUCGAUGCCACAUUGGAUGAGAACAAGGUGAUGAGCACCAAGUUUGGCGUCCAAGGCUUCCCUACCCUGAAGAUCUUCAGGAAUGGCAACCUGGACAAGCCAAGCGAUUAUGCUGGCCCGCGCGAUGCGGCAGGCAUUGUGUCAUACCUGGAGAAGGUGUCUGGGCCCCCCAGCAAGGAGCUGAAGACAAAGGAGGAGGUGGCGGAGUUCAAGGAGGCGCACGACCCGGCGGUGCUGGGCGUGUUCAGCGGCGCGGACGCAGCGGAGUUUAAGGCAUUCGAGGGAGCGGCCGACGGCCUGCGCUCUGACUUUGACUUUGCGCACACCUUCGACGCCUCCCUUGUGGACGAGGAGGCGCCGGCGGUUGUGGUGGUGAAGUCGUACGACGAGCCAGUGGUGGUGUUUGAGGGCAAGUUUGGCGACGCUGAGAUCUCUGGCUUUGUGGAGGCGGCCACCACCCCCAAGCUGGUGGAGAUGGACCAGUCUCCCAAGAACAAGAAGGCGCUCAGCCGGAUCUUUGCCGACCAGGCCAAGCCCAAGAUCCUGGCGCUCGAUGCCAAGAACGAGAAGAAGUUCAGGGACAUCCUGACGCACGUCAGCUCAAAGAGGGCUGACCGCUUCAACACCCUCUGGACCGACCCCUCCGCCAACCCCCAGGUGGCCAAGUACUUUGGGCUGGAGGACAGCGAGCUGCCGGCGAUCGCGAUCCACGACGCGCAGAACGACGGCAAGUUCUUCCUCAAGAACGCCAAGCCGGGCGCUGUCAACAAGUGGCUCGAUGACUGGGAGGCGGGCAAGAUUGAGAAGUUCAUCAAGAGCGAGGAGGCACCUAAGGACAACAGCGGUCCGGUCAAGGUCGUGACCGCCAACACAUUCGAUGAGAUUGUGCUUGGAGGCAAGGAUGUGCUGAUUGAAUUCUACGCUCCCUGGUGCGGUCACUGCAAGUCCCUGGCGCCCAUCUACGAGGAGCUGGGAACCAAGUUUGCGGACAACGAGAGUGUGACCAUUGCCAAGAUGGACGCCACCGCUAACGACGUGCCCAGCAACAAGUUUGAGGUCAAGGGAUUCCCCACAAUCGCGUUUGUGGCCGGUCCGACCGGCGAGAUCACGGUCUACGAGGGAGACCGUUCCCUCCCAGACCUCUCCACCUUUGUCACCAUGAAGCUCAAGGACAGCAAGGCAGCCGGAGAGAAGCUGACGGAAGCCGGCACCGCCGGGGAGGAAGUCUCCAAGGAUGAGCUCUGA